AUGACGCCAAGGCCCAUCCCUCGAGAAAGAAUACCUCCCAAGGCCACCCCUGCAACCGCUCUUGUUUCACCUCCAAAAAAGAAGCAGAAGAAGGCGGCGCCCACCAAGGCAUCCAUCAAGGCACCACCCAACAAGGCACACCUACCAAGGCAACCACCAAGGCACCACCCAACAAGGCACACCUACCAAGGCAGCCACCAAGGCACCACCCAACAAGGCACACCUACCAAGGCAUCCAUCAAGGCACCACCCAACAAGGCACACCUACCAAGGCAUCCAUCAAGGCACCACCCAACAAGGCACACCUACCAAGGCAACCACCAAGGCACCACCCAACAAGGCACGACUACCAAGGCAUCCACCAAGGCACCACCCAACAAGGCACACCUACCUAGGCAACCACCAAGGCACCACCCAACAAGGCACACCUACCAAGGCAACCACCAAGGCACCACCCAACAAGGCAAACCUACCAAGGCAUCCAUCAAGGCACCACCCAACAAGGCAAACCUACCAAGGCAUCCAUCAAGGCACCACCCAACAAGGCAAACCUACCAAGGCAACCACCAGGGCACCACCCACCCAAGGCACACCUACCAAGGCAUCCAUCAAGGCACCACCCAACAAGGCACACCUACCAAGGCAUCCAUCAAGGCAGCACCCAACAAGGCACACCUACCAAGGCAACCACCAAGGCACCACCCAACAAGGCACGACUACCAAGGCAUCCACCAAGGCACUACCCAACAAGGCACACCUACCUAG